AUGGCCAGUGAAUCCAGUGGAAAAGUGCACCUGGUUACAUUGGUGACGAGCGCACUUGAGAUUGUGAGUCCCUUGUCUCAUCGUAAAGAUGCUAAAUAUUCAGUUCUCUUUUAUUUUUGAAAAGAAUAUCAUUUUUUAUUAUUAAGUUUAUCUAAUAAUCAUGGGCAUUGUACUCUGUUUGAGAAAUGACAAAAUUUCCAACAUAAUGUCAAAGUGGAAACGGCAUUGACAAAAUUUUCCGAUGUCGUGCUUUCCCGGCUAUCUACUUGAAAGCCCAUUUUUUCCGUCAGUCAUUUUUGCAUGCAGAAGCUAUAACUUCCACCCAGAUCAUACCUUCUUUAUUCAUGUUUGCUGCAGCUGACUGUUGAUCAUAGCCAUAAUCAGAUCUCUCCUCCUUCUGGACAUCUGCCAUCUUUUACCUUUGUUGGGGCGGGGAAGGGGGAGGAGUGGGGGGCGUUUAGUAACUGUUGGAAAUGUAUUAUUCCUCUGUAGAUGAACGCCUGGAAGUAUAACAUGGGAGUCGAGCUAAGUUCUUGGGAUACUGCCACUGUACCACCCUUGACUAAGAUGUGGGGAGCGAUAAAUAUCUAGGAGGAAGAAUAACAAAAAAGCAAUAACUCCGACUAUGAGUCCAUGUAUUCGAGUGAUAAAUCUCUAUGAGUAAGAAGAUCUAAGGAUACAAGAGUUCUAACAAACAAUUAUUUGUACUUUCUACUAGUUUUCGAAGUUUUCUAAAAGAGCAGUGAAUACAAAUUAAUAUUUAUCCUAUAUUUUAAGCAUUCUAAGGUUCUUCUCCAUUCCAUUGAGAAUUUUCUUCUGCAUAUAAAUUUAUUAUUUUUUUAUGGGCAUAACUCGCUCUUUCAGGAUUUCAAGCGUUAUAAGAUUCUUCUCCAUGCAAGAUAAAAUUUUCUUUUGGAUAAAAAAUUCCACUCACAAAACAAUGCUUUCAGUUUUCAUUGCAUCUAGAACUUUGAUUAGAUCUGGAUAUAUAGCCAAGUUAGCUGGCACAAAAUCCCUUCCUGUACUUCAAACCAAAUGCCUCCACUCUGGGUUUCUAGUUUCUGCUGCUACCCACUGACCAUAAAAAUGCUUAUAUUUCUAAUAUUUGUGAUUCUUAUUAUUAUUUUGUUUAAAGUUCGUUUAAAUACAAGAAUAAGUCCUCUCUUGUAGUAAAGAUGAUUCUUGUACUAUCACUCUUUUCUGACAAUUAAACCCAUUUUAAUUGCCAGACUGUCUGAUCGAUUUAGUAUUAUUUUUUGUGCCAUGCAUCUUGUUUGGGUGAAGCCAUCUUUUAAUGCGAUGCAUGGAGAUUUAACGGACUCUUUUAUUUACGGUCUAUUUUUAUGAAAACUUUUCUCAGAAUUUUCAGCGCCUCUGCAGGCCAAUUCAUGGGUCAACGAGACGAGUGAAUCGACAACUAAACCAAGUGAAGCAAGUGGCGUUGAGCUUGAAGGCAGACCCUUAAGGUUGCUAUUUUCCUGCUCUUCUUCUUCUUCUUCUUCUGACGCUGAUCUGAAAUCUUGCUCUGCUUGUAAGGAUGGGCAUUGGAUCGAAGGUAUCGCGGCAUGUGGAGAUCGCAGCCUCGGAUGAUCCCCUCGAGAGGAAACUGAUGGGGAAAUUGGGCGUGGGGAAGCGGCCACAAUCUUCCAAACCGAUGGGGAGGUCGAGCGCCGGGAAGAGACCUCACUCUUUCAAAUCACAAGAACGAGGAUCUGCGGCUCCCACCAGAACGCCGUCUGAACUCAGCAGUGGAGGCUCAGACGAUGACUCUGAUAGCAGAGCGACCUCAUUCGUGAAGAAGCCGGCUGCUCCGGUGAGGCCCCCCACGCAGAGGAAGAAGCCCAGAGCGACAAGAUAA